CCACCUCCAUCUCCAUCCACCCCAAUCCCAUUGCCAUCCCAUUCUCCAUCUCCACCACCACCACCAUUCCCAUCCCUAUCCCAUCUCCAUCACCAUGCCCAUCUCUAUCCCAUCUCCACCUCCAUCCCACCUCCAUCACCAUCCCCAUUCCCCCUAUCCCCAUCCCCAUCUCCACCACCA